AUGGACCCCCUCAGCAGCCCAGAUUUGCAGCCCAAAAGCAGUGGGACAUGUCCUCAGAGACACUAUGAGAACCGCGGGAAUCUUCUCCUAUUUGAUCGGCAAGCCCCAGGCCGCAUUUCUACUUCUCCCACUUUGAGGAGAUUAAGAGGCAGUGGAUGUGGGACCUUGAACUCAAUGCCACAGCAAGAUGCCUUGGAGGUGCCCACCUGGGGAAGUUGGAAGGAGCCUGCAAGUCCCACGUACAAUCUUGUCAGGAGUCCACCUGGAAGCCCAAAAGAUUCUUCCCACCACAUACUUCCCUUGAGACUCCAGGAUCCUGAAAGGGCCUUCAAUACAAUGGACUCAAUAGAGUCUUUUGAUGCUGAACCUUCUAAUAAGCAUGCUCCACCCAGUCUUCAGCCCAUCAACAAGGGGUCUCUUCAGCAAGCCUCACCUCCAUCCAAUCCCACCCCAAAACGCCCAAGUUCUCAGGGAGAAAAAUCACAUCAAUCCAGGUAUGUAUAUAUUUAUUUUCUCUAGAGCUAUGAAAUAUGUUGCCUGUUUAUUUUAAAUCUCUGUUUCUGUUCUGGUUAUACGAGCACAGGCGGAGCUCUGUAG